AUGAAAAGAAAAGCACAAAAUAGGAAAUCACCAGUUGCAAAACAAAGAACCAAGUCCCAAAGUCCUAACUCAAAACCUGAAACUGGGGCUGAUAAUGACAUUGAAAAGACUGACACUUUCAAAGGAUUGGACAAUGAAUAUACAGAAAUGGAGGAUGACAGUGAAAGAACUGUCACUGUUUUAGAUAGUGUAGUGGAAAAUGAUGACCAAGAGGAUGAAAUGACAGAGAGAAAUGAAUCUCAUGGAGCUUACCGGUACUUGAAAACAGAUGGUACUGAAGGUACAGAUUAUGAAAAUGAUGAUAAAAGAGGAGAAGGUGAUGAGGAAAAGUCUUUGACUGUUACAUAUGUUGAGGGAAAGUGUCUGAUUGAGUUGAGAGUGCCUGGUGGGGUUCCUGAACAGGAGAAUGCCAGAGAUGGGUUUGAGAACCGUAGAGAGGAACCCAAACCCGUUCAAGAUGAACAAACAACAGGGGAUCUAGAUGCUGCUGUGUAUGAUGAAUCCUCUUGUUCCAGCAAUGUUGUGCAGCACACAGUGAAAGCCAGUCUUUAUGGCACUGACAACGACUCGAGCUAUGAAGAGCCUUCACAAUUACUGACUGAAGGCCAAAAUAUCCCCACUUUGCAGCAACAUGAUGAAAAUGGCAACUACAAGACAUCAGUCAGCAGUGAACAGCUGGUCCAAGUGGCCUCGGGACAGUUUGAAAGUUUGUCCCAUCAGUCCCAACACGCUGAAGCCCCGACAUCUAGCAAUGAAAUGGAGGUCAGACAGACACAGAUGACCUACCAGGAUGCAGGAGAUACCAUUGCAUACUUCACAAAGACAUCACUAGAAAAUGUACCUCCAUCGACUGGUAGCUUCCAGAAUAGCCCUUAUACAGCGGCUGUGAGAUGUGGGGAGACCGAAGGGCCAGUGUUACAGGAACUUGAUGCAAUACGACCCAGCAUCCAAGUGCAGAGCAGGCAGAAGGAUGUUUAUUGUGGCAAAGAGACGCAAAACUACUUGUCACCAGUCCCGAACUCUCAUACAGGCCAGUUCCUCUCACCUGCAUCCAGUGGGAAGCAGUAUUUCUCCCCUGGCCAGAAAGGACUCCUAGAUGAACUAGCUUCACAGUUGGUCCAGAACUUUGGUGGGCAAAACUCGCAUAUGAUCAAUGAGAUACUGAAGGACAGCGUAGCACCACAUGAUGAUAGUAGUACAGACUACACGUACCCGGGGUAUGACCAAACUUCCAACAGCACUCCCAGACAGUACAGCACUCCCAGGCAGUACUCCACGCCUCAGAUGAUACAAGAUGUCCUCAGUACUCCAAAGCAGAUAACAGACCUAGACUUGGAGUACCAGACAAGUCAUCUAAAGUAUGGCGUUCCACAGUCUUGUUCUACUCCUGACAGCUUCAACAAACAUGGGCAGCAUGAAAACGGGCCCUCGUUCAAACAACAGAACAUUAUAUCGUACAAACAUGCAUCAGGUGGCAAAUGGACCACAAAUACCAAUAUGUAUGGUCAUAGUAUUGAAGAAACAUUGGAAAAUCCCUUUCCUCCUCAGCAGCAGAUGGGGGCCAUGCCAACGACGGAUAUUCAUGACUUGCAGGAAUAUUACAGCGACAGGCCUAAUGGUAGACAACAGAAUGAAGUUCUUGUUACCUUCACCCAACAAGGAUUUCCCCAAAACAGCGACCAGGGCAGAAGCUACCAGCACACCAAUCAGGUUAUGGUUUCUCCGACUGGGAAGCCAGGAGAGAUUACCAAGACAACAUUUACCAGCAGAGAACACAUGGAAAUGCACCUGAGCAACAAAAUGAACUAUCAGUACUCAAAAAAGCAGGCUCUCUCAGACAUUAAUUGCCCGUCUAUCUACCCAUCUAAAGAUUUCAUUGAAAGAGCAGCCAGUGGCUCCUUCAACCAAAAUGGCCAGGACCCUUAUGGACAGCAAUCAAAUGAUUCUCUAUUUGAUCAGAAUUCCAGGGAAAGAUAUCAGAAAACUACGCCAGAGAGACAUAGAGAAUUAGCCAAGAAAAGAUAUGCGGCAAACAAUGACAAAAACAAACCAUUGAAGAAGAGACGAACAUCCAAGUACAGUACGGAGGAUCUGAGAGUGCCGCCCCAGUUGCCACUCUUUGAUGAUAUGAUGCAGAAAUAUCCGCCCAUCUGUGGACGAGAUGAAAUCCCCCCAGCCAAACACAAGUACUUUGUUGUAAACCCGUCUGAAGUCACCAACAUGGCCCCAAAGACCCUGAUAACUAAGUACAUUGACUUCCUUAUCCAGGAGAACGAGCAGAUCACGGAAAUCAGCAAACUGACUAACCCUGCCGUUGACAUAUACGUCACAGAGGACAUGUACUUCAUGGAUAGCCUCAAGUUUAAGAUCCCAUUUCCAAGUAAGAAGUUUGUGGAGUGGGUGUCCAACUUCUACCCAUGUAUGGAAUUGAAAGAGAUGAAAUUCAAAGGUAGGAAACCGAUCAUUCCACCUGCUGACCAGCCUAUGGAGGUAGAUACAGAUGUACGACCCACCCAGGUCAUCCUGGAGGACACAUUCUACUAUUUCCAGCGUGAGGCUAUGAACAACCAGGCAAAUCUUGCUCUGUAGCAAAUAAGGAUGAAUAUUGCUUGGAAUGAACAUAUGGACAGGAAAAUUGCUGAAGUUAUACCUGUGAACUGCAUACUGAUUUUUAUAAUGGCGGAUUGCACUGGCUGAAACCUAGUCAAGAAAGUUUAGUAUUAGCUUUCCAAGUCUCCAUAGAAAGUUCAUAUUGGUGAAAUAACUGAAAUAUAUGUGUUGAAUUGCAUGU